UGAUGUGUGUUCCUACUUCUAUAAAUAAUUCAGAUGAUUUAAUCUCUAAAGGAAAAGAAAGAAUAUAAUGGCUAAGUCCAGUUGUUGCAGUUGUUUAAAUUCCAUGUUCUUGAUUUCUUCCAUUCUAUUUAGUUCUUACUUGAUUUGGUGUGAGGCAGAAGGCAAUCCGGCAGUAGUGAAUGGAUUAUCAUAUUCCUUCUAUUCCGAAAGCUGUCCCAAGCUUGAAAGCAUUGUCAUAAAGCAUCUCAGAAAUGUGUUCAAGCAAGCUCAUUGGCAAGCUCCAGCCUUACUCGUCAUUUUCUUCCAUGAUUGUUUUGUUCAGGGAUGUGAUGGAUCUUUGCUACUGGAUGGUAAUCCAGGUGAAAGGGAUCAUCCACUGAAUAGAGGCAUAAGCUCUAAGGCUGUGCAGACCAUUGAUGAACUAAGAGAAGUUGUUCACAACCAGUGUGGAAGGAUAGUUUCAUGUGCAGAUAUCACUGUCUUGGCAGCUCGUGAUGCUGUUUUUCUUUCUGGAGGUCCCUAUUUCAAUGUGCCACUUGGAAGACAAGACAGUCUAAACUUCAGCAUUGAAGAAACAAACAAUCUUCCAUUACCCUACAACAUCACCGAUGUCACACUCAAAACAUUUGAAUCCAAAAACUUGGAUGUUACAGAUGUGGUUGCCUUAUCAGGUGCACACACCAUUGGUCGUGCCCACUGUCAUACAUUCUACAACAGGGUUUUUCCUCAAGAUCCCACCAUGGACAAAACCUUAGCUAAACUCCUUAAUUCUACUUGCCCUACCACAUACUCACGUAACACUUUUCGUUUGGACUUCAGAACCCCCAAAACCUUCGAUAACAAAUACUACAUUAACUUGAUGAAUCACCAAGGUUUGUUCACUUCCGACCAAGACUUGUUCAAAGACAAGAGGACAAAAGGGUUGGUAGAGGCCUUUGCACUUAAUCAAACCUUCUUCUUCCACAAAUUCAUUCAUGCUUUUGUAAAGAUGAGCCAAUUGGAUGUGUUGACUCAAAAUCAAGGUGAAAUUCGUGCGAAAUGUAAUCUGAUAAAUGAUGAGAGAUCUAUGGUGAAGUCUAUUGUGGAUGAGAUUGUACAAUUACCCAAUUGAUUUUAUGUUCGUUCCAUAGUUUGUUAUAUAUUAGUGUUGUUGUUUGCUUAUUGUGUCGGUUAUAGGAUUGAGUCACUAAGUACCUUCACAAUUUGUCCUUCUUCGCCGUUUGGUCUUGCUCCUUGGGUCUCUUGUCACCUAGUUCGGUCGGGGUGUACCUGUUAAAGAUACUCCGAUGCCAAAGUCAGUAAUUGAACCGUUCGGUUAUCUAAUACGACAAUAACAGUAAUAAAUGCACAUUAAUUGCCUCUA